AAUCAUAAGUACUUCCUGGUUAUAGAUUAUAAAUUAUAAUUUAUAAUACAAUUUGUCAUGCAUAAAGUUUUUAAGUUACAUCGUUGAGGUUUGAGAAUCCGUGUUCGUGAUACUACUAAACUGCUGAGGUGUUUCACUAAUUACUAUUAUAUUAUUUAUUUACGACAAAUGACCGCUGGUCGUACAAAUCGAAUCGUAAACUGCUAAGACUUCAAACCAGACAAACUACGGAUUCUAUUUCAUAAUGAUAUCUGUAAGAUUUAAUAAAUUACUCAGAAAUUGUAGUUUGCUGUGCAAGAAAAGCCAAAUUCAUCAUUCUUCGACAGAGAAGCAAACCAAAAUCAAAGUUAAUAAUAUUGAAAUUAAUUAUUUAAAAGUUGGAAAUGGUCCACAGACCUUGCUGUUAUUACCAGGAGCAUUAGGUUCAAUAUUUACUGAUUUUAAGCCACAAAUUGAAACUCUUAAUCGUGAAAAAUAUACAAUAGUAGCUUGGGAUCCACCAGGUUAUGGUUUUAGUCGACCACCAGACAGAGAUUUUUCACCAGGAUUUUUUUAUCGUGACGCUGACUAUGCCAUUUCACUUAUGAAAUCUUUGCAAAUUGAUAAAUAUUCGCUGCUUGGUUGGAGCGAUGGUGGGAUUACUGCUCUUAUAAUGGCAUCCAAAGCUGUUGACAGAGUGGAAAAACUCAUAGUUUGGGGUAGCAAUGCAUAUGUUACUGAAAAAGAUGUUGAAUUAUACGAGAAAAUAAGAGAUAUACAAAAAUGGUCUCCACGCAUGAGGCAACCAUUUAUUGAUCUGUAUGGCGAACAGUAUUUUUCAGAUACUUGGAAUGCUUGGGUAGAUUCAUUUCAAAUAAUACUAAAAGAAAACGGAGGGGAUAUUUGUAGAGAAGCACUAUCUAAAAUCAAAGCACCUACUCUCAUUUUACAUGGUGCUCAAGAUCCUUUAGUGCCUAUGGAGCAUCCAGUUCAUUUACACAAAAAAAUAAAAUAUGGAUCGCUUGAAAUCUAUCCGGAAGGUAAACACAACAUUCAUCUAAGGUAUGCGGAACUAUUCAAUUCKGCAGUAGACGGUUUCCUGGCCGAAGACUUGUAAGAUAUCAAGACUU